GCGAGCGUGAGGGACGUGCAGGAAGGGUGGAGGACCAGGCCCGACGCCUUGCCUGCCCGGGCAUGGAGACAGAGCAAGGGCGAUGCAUGCCAACCGUGCAGUGCUGAGUAGUGUUUGAGGACGGUACAAGUGAGUCACACACGCGGAGGGACCGGAGGCCCAGGGCCCUACGGCGUGCGGGCUCCUGGAAUGUCCCUGAAGGAAGCCUGCUUUCCACUUAUUUAAAAAAAAAAAAAAACACAUUUAGUCAUUCUCACCGCUUGCCCACCCUCGCCGUCCCAAACGCCCUUGUUUUUCGACGCUUCUUCGGGGUCUCGUUCCUCCAUCACAAGCACCCCUAUGCUCUAGGAACAGAGUGUUAAGGCUUGGAGGAGGGCGAGCCCCCACCCCGCGCUCAGCUCCCGGCUCACACGCCUUGCAAUCAGGCAGCACCGCGGACACCUCUGCUCCGCGGUGAUUGGCCAGCUGCGGGGUCCUCGCGUUCGUCCAAUAUGGCGGCGCCCAGUGGCGGUGUGAACUGUGAAGAGUUCGCCGAGUUCCAGGAAUUACUCAAGGUGAUGAGGACAAUUGAUGACAGAAUAGUACAUGAAUUAAACACUACGAUUCCAACAGCUUCCUUUGCAGGGAAAAUUGAUGCCAGCCAAACCUGUAAACAACUUUAUGAGUCUUUGAUAGCAGCUCAUGUCAGUAGGGACAGAGUUAUAAAGAAUUGUAUAGCUCAGACCUCAGCAGUAGUAAAAUAUCUCUGAGAAGAGAGAGAAAAGAACCUGGAUGACUUAAUGUUAUUAAAGCAACUUAGAAAAGAACAGACAAAGUUGAAAUGGAUGCAGUCAGAACUAAAUGUCGAAGAAGUGGUAAAUGACAGGAGCUGGAAGGUGUUUAAUGAACGCUGCCGAAUUCACUUCAAGCCUCCAAAGAAUGAGUAGAGAGUUUUGUUUUGUUUUUUUUUAAAGACCUGGUCAUCUCAUCAACUAAGCAUGACAGAUGUCAGCAGGGCAGGCUCCUGAGGAUGGUCUCUGAGCCAGCAGGCCAAGGCCUUUGGUUGACUUCAGCCCCUUUUAGCCAAGACCUCAAAUCUAAUUCUCAUAAUUAUAAAAUAAUCAAUUGCUAUUUUAUACUGAUUCUGUAAAAAUGUUUUGUAACUAUUAAAAUAAUUUUCUGAC